UAUUCUUCGAAACUGAUUUACUGUCAACAAUUUUUUCUAUUAGCAUUUGAAUUGUUGAUAUACUUACGAAAAGAGAAUUUUUAAAUUAAAAAAAUUCGACUAAAAUAAAAAAAGUUCUUUGAAACUACAAAUUUCGGGGUGCACAACCUUUUUUAAUACUUGCUCUGCAUGUUGACUAGUGAUAGGUUGCAUGUUAUCGUAUUUUGUUAUAGUAAUUUUUAUAUAAAUAUUACGUCCAGAAACGAAAUUAUCGGCAGAAAGUAGUAUUUCAACUUUAUUUAGAAGAUGAAAAUGUUAGACAUCCUUGAAAUUAUUUUAGAAGCUGAAGAUUGCAAACAUGAAAGAAUUGAUGGUGGUAGCAUUUGUAGUUAAAAACAAGAAGCUAUCAGCUGAUCUAAGGCUUGAGAUGGAAAAACAACAAAGGAAUCAAGUUGAAAAUUUGGCAGAAGCUGGAUGUUUAUCUGAUGAUGCUAAAGCUGGAAUAACCCCAGCACCUGAAAUAGUACCAUGUCCUCCACCACCACCUCCACUUUGUAUCGGUUCAUUAAAUGACAAACCUUUAAAUUUGUCAAGAGUGAUGUCUAAAAAUAUUCCUCAGCCAUCAAAUCCUUUGAAAUCCUUUAAUUGGUGUAAACUACCAGAACUUUUGAAGUUUAUGCCUAGUCAUGAGGAAAAAGUCCUUUUGGAAGAACAUAGCAUAGAAAUUGAUAAUAUGAGCUGAUAGAUUUUUAUUUGAAAUAAGCAAGAAUGUUUCUAAAAACCGUGCUCAGAGAUAUGUGAUUUCAAUAAUGAAGCUCUUUUUAAAGAAGACUAUACAAAGUUUUUUGUGAGUACUGAUCUUUUAUGCAUAUCCCAUUCUUUUUCAGCAAAUAAUUUAAUCCCUACUCCCUAUUCUUAACUACUACUUUUUUAUGGGACUUACUUAGUUGAAAUUAGGGGGGGGGGAGGAUUCCUUUUGUGAGCCUUGCUUAGAACUUUAUGAAUCCAGACGAAAAAAUUAUAUACUUAAAAAAAAAAUGAGACUUGUAACCAAUUGUUUUUUUAACAUAAAAAAAAAUUAAGAUGCAUAGAUUAAGAAUAAACUGGAAAUACUAUGAAAUGACAAAUAAAUGAAAGAGAUAAGCAAUAAAUAAAAGUUAUAAUAAAAUAAAUGAUGAUAAUGGUAUUAAUAAAUGUUAAUAAGGGAAAAGGAUAAGUGAGGAACAUAAAAAUAAUGCUUUACUGUAUAUAAAAAUAAAGUUUGUAAGAAAUACAUAUUAAUCGCUUAAGACAAAUGAAAAUAAUAGCUAAAUUUAACUUUUACAUCUAAGCAG